AGCCCGCGGGCCGCCACCGCAGCCGCCGCCGCGCAGGGCCGCCGAGACGGGGUGCGGGAUGAGCCUCAGCCGGAAAAAGGGCUUCUACAAGCAGGACGUGAACAAGACGGCCUGGGAGCUGCCCAAGACCUACCUGGCCCCCACGCACGUAGGCAGCGGUGCCUACGGCGCAGUAUGCUCGGCCAUUGACAAGCGGUCAGGGGAGAAAGUGGCCAUCAAGAAGCUAAGCCGACCCUUCCAGUCGGAGAUUUUCGCCAAACGUGCCUAUCGUGAGCUCCUGCUGCUCAAACACAUGCACCAUGAAAAUGUCAUUGGACUCCUGGAUGUCUUCACCUCUGCUUCCUCCCUGCGCAACUUCCACGAUUUCUACCUGGUGAUGCCCUUCAUGCAGACAGAUCUUCAGAAGAUCAUGGGGAUGGAGUUCAGUGAGGAUAAGGUCCAGUACCUGGUAUACCAGAUGCUCAAAGGUCUAAAGUACAUCCACUCAGCUGGCGUUGUCCACAGGGACCUGAAGCCAGGCAACCUGGCAGUGAAUGAGGACUGUGAACUGAAGAUCCUGGAUUUUGGGCUGGCACGCCAUGCGGAUGCGGAGAUGACUGGCUAUGUGGUAACCCGCUGGUACCGUGCUCCUGAAGUUAUUCUCAGCUGGAUGCAUUACAACCAGACUGUGGACAUCUGGUCUGUCGGCUGCAUCAUGGCAGAGAUGCUUACGGGAAAGACUCUAUUCAAGGGAAAGGAUUACCUGGACCAGCUGACCCAGAUUCUGAAGGUGACUGGGGUGCCUGGCACAGAGUUUGUGCAGAAACUCAACGACAAGGCGGCCAAAUCCUACAUCCAGUCCCUGCCCCAGAGCCCCAAGAAGGAUUUCACUCAGCUCUUCCCAAGGGCCAGUCCCCAGGCUGCUGACCUCCUGGAUAAGAUGUUGGAGCUGGAUGUGGACAAGCGCCUGACAGCCACGCAAGCACUCGCCCACCCCUUCUUUGAACCCUUCCGAGACCCUGAGGAGGAGACCGAGGCCCAGCAGCCAUUCGAUGAUGCUCUGGAACACGAGAAACUCACUGUGGAUGAAUGGAAGCAGCACAUCUACAAAGAGAUCAUGAGCUUCAGUCCCAUCGCCCGGAAGGACUCUCGGCGACGGUGUGGCAUGAAGCUACCUUGACUGUCCAGCCCGACCCGUGGUUGCGCCUAGGGACUGCCACCUGGCCAUAUUCUGCCCCUGGACCAAUAUCUGUCACUACUUGCAUCUCAGGGCUUCUGGAAAUGCAGCAUCUGGAGCAGAGAGAAGUGUCUUCUGAUAAAGAUCAGGGCUGUGGGAGCAGAAUUCCAAUGCUGGCUGGGAGGAAAUAGCUGUAAUCACAGCUGGCUGUAUUAAAAUGCCUGUGUGAGGAA